UGAGAUAAGGUUAUGAGAUGCAAUAGUAAACAAAUCUAUUAAUAAAAAUUAUGUCAGGAUUUCGAUGAAAGUGUCAAAGAACAUGGAUUACAGGUCGCCCCUGGAGGGGCUUUUCGGGAUAAUAGGGGCCCUACCCCAGGGCCACGACAAACCAGUGAAACACGCUCUGUACAAUGCAGUGGCUUUAUUUUUGUUGUUUUUGAGUUGUGCGGCCGGAUGGGCGCUGUUUAUUAUACUGGAACCGUUUAUAAAGCCCCUGAUGUGGGCCUUACUGGUGGGAUCGGCUUUGCACCCCUUAAAACACUCCCUACGAGUGACCUUUCAGUCAUGGUUUGAAUCUUUGGAGGAAAAAAAGACUCCUGUGGUCCUGGGAAUACUACUGUUACCUGCCAACUUCGUCAAUAAUUUAUCAGAGUUUAUUGGUGACAACAUAUGGAAGAGAUUGAGGCUUAUUGUUGUUGUUUGUGUUCUAAUACCUGUGAUCCAUGUUAUUUACUAUUACACGCCAAAGUUUAUCACUGCCAUAGUCUAUAGGUUUAUACUUUUGGUUUUUGGGUUGCUGAAUUUUUUCUUGGACCAUUCUACUGUUACUGUGGUUGUAUUGCUUGCAAUAGCUUACUUAUCAGUUGUUUUUCUGCUUUGGAAGCCAGAAAACAACGUUAAAUUUCAUUAUGCAUCGAUUGGAAUUUGGUUGAUAGGAUCAUGCUGUCUUGCACAACAAUUUGGAUCUUUUCAACUUAUUAUUUUCAUUAUUUUACAAUGUAUUUUCUUCGGCGGAUUUUCCUGCGAAGUAUAUGAUAUUUACACUGAAAUGAAUAUUUCAGGACGCCCUGUAUCAUUUACUGAAUCGAUUUCCAUGGUAUUUCAUGACAAAAUACCUGAGGACACUUCUGAGGAAAAUAUAAGCAAUAUUAGUGAGACUAGUUCAGAAAUAAAAGAAGAUACCGAAAAUAUACCGAAAAUUGUUAAAUUUGAAGAAGUUGGUGAUUCAACCCAAUCAAAAAACAAAGACCCAUUCUCAUUGGAUCUAUUUGAGGAGAAAAAUAUUGUUCAAUCCACACCCACCGCAAUUAAAGUAAACAAUAAAAAAUUGAUGAGAUCGCUGUCUCAACCGCAAUUUUACAACAACAAAAACCGCGGUUUACUGAGGGCCACAAGAAAGCUAAGCUUGAAACCCUCAACACAAAGUUUGGUCGAUCCGGAGACCUACGAGAGCACUUUUUACUUGUACUCCGUGCUCUGGGCGUGCGUGGUGAUGAUAUUCUGGAAAAAUGUAAUUCUUGUAACCCUUCUACCAAUCCCGAUUCUAUUUUACGUCGUAAAACACCUAGGCCUGUACCUGGGCUUGUGGAGCUGGCUCUACAACAAGCUCGAACACGUUUUUGCCGCGUUUAGAAACUGGUGCGAGGAUAGGCACGACGCUUUGGUGCCUGUGCCAAUCAGAGGGCUCUACAAAAUCGUCAAUAAGAUUAAUUUGGCAAUCAAAAAUGGCAUCAAGGGCAGCAUUGAUUCCGUAGCCAGCUGCGUUGUCAUAUUGGGACUCAUUGUUUUUGUCACUUGUGCUUCUAUAUUUAUAGCUUUACAGAUAUACGCAGAGGCAAUUAUGAUGGUGCAAAUGACCAGUAAUGUGAUAAAUCAGACUGUAGUUCACAAUCCCGAGUUGCGGCAAAUUUUGCCGCCUGCCUGGGAUGACACCAUGGAUUCCAUAUUGGAUAAUGCUUAUCAAUAUGGAAGGGAGGGAAUAUCGAAAACUGUUAAAAGUAUGAUGUCGGAUGUUGAAUCCGCUAAAUCGGAAAAACUGGAGAAACAAGUUUUGGAAUUGUGGGAUAGAGUUUAUCAAAAUUGGAUGUCUUCCGAUAACAGCCAUGGUCCCAAAGUUUCCGAUGAAGCCGUUAGAAGUACAUGGCAAGAUUUUAUAAACGACAUACAAAAAUCACCAGAAUUAUUUAAUUUGACUGGAAUGGUGGACUUCGCAAAACAAAACGUCGGUACUUUGAUGUCUCUCUUGGAGUCCAUAUGGUCGAUAUUAAAAGGCAACAUAAGUCUAAUCCUGGGCUCGUUCAGCACCUUUAUAUCCGUCAUAUUGGGCGGAGGAACCGCUGUCCUCAACUUUAUACUGAGCGUCAUCGUCUUCUUGACGACUUUGUUCUACCUGCUCAGCUCGAGCGGAGACCUCUACAAACCCGUCGAAAUACUGACGAACUUUUCCUCCAGUGGCAGUAGGUUCGGACACGCGCUAGAGGGCGCUAUAAACGGGGUGUUUUCCGCUUCCUUCAAAAUGGCGGCCUUCUACGGUCUCUGGACCUGGUUCAUCCACAACUUGUUUGGAGUUAAGAUCGUAUAUUUGCCUUCAGCAUUUGCCACAAUCUUGGGAGCAGUUCCUUUCCUGGGAACUUACUGGGCUUGUUUCCCAGCCGUUUUGGACUUGUGGUUAGCGCAGGGUAGAGGUUUGGCUGCAAUUUUGUUGGCUGGUUUCCAAUUCCUACCCACCUCCAUUGUAGACACAACAAUAUACAAGGAAAUCAAAGGUGGUGGCCACCCUUACUUGACAGGUUUGGCCAUAGCCGGAGGUAUAUUUUGCCUUGGUGUAGAGGGAGCCAUCAUAGGCCCUUUGUUGCUCUGUGGGCUGUAUGUGGCUAUAGAUCUGUCUUCCACGAUUUUUAAAGAAUCUCCCUCGGAACAAAGCAUGAUGCACUACCAGCAACAGGAUCCCUGAUACAGUGAUGUUAAGUUACCAGCACAUGCUUUAAUUUGUGAUGCUUUUUAGGCUCUAAGAUGUUUUUAAUUGUUUUCCUAAUAAAUCAAUAUAUUUUCCACAUUACUUUAAUAGCUAGUCUGACUUAAAGUUGUUAUAUACUGGUUGUUAUUUGCGUAAUUUUAUUUGGGUGAAACCUUUGUUAUUAUCUUAUUUAUUUUCAACAAAUUUUGUACCAAUAUAAUUGGUGUAUCUAUUAAAUCAACAUGAAUUGAUUACGGGUAUGAUAAUCACAAAAAAUGACUAAAAAAUUAAAAAUGUGUUUUUAAAACUUUCCUUAAUGAAGUUUCCGACUUUGUUAUAUCAAAAAAUUAACACAUUUUGCAUUUUCUUAAAAAUAUGUCUACAAAAUGUCCUCUAGAUUAUUAAAAAAACUUUGUAGGAAAUUUUCUUCUUUAAUAAUAAUAUUGCGACAAAAAUAUUUUCAAGUUACAGUUUUUGUAUAUUCAUUAUUAAAAAACGGAAAAAUUGGGGAAAAUUGAUUUUUUUGGAAAAUAUACACUUUUAUUAUAUUUUUUAUAAUACAGCACCGAUUAUUUGUUUUGCGGCCCGGUAGAAUAUUCUUACUGAAUUAAAAUAAAACAAAUAAUUAUUAGAAUGAAUCAGGGUUUGCCUGAUUUAAAUCACGAGUUUUUAAAUUUUAAUUAAUGAUUUAAAUGAGUUUUAAAAAAAGUUUCUAAAAUCUAAAAAAACACUUGAUGUAAAACUAAAGCGCAAUAAUAUCUUGAAACUAUAGUUAGUAUAAUAUUAUAUGCAUAGAAAAACUGCUUAUUUUGUUAAAUAAAAUAAUAAGGGAAUAUACAAAAAAAUAUAUGACGGUGGUUUAUUUGUUUAUAAAGUAGUGCCAAUAUAAUAUUAUUAUAGUCAAGUUAUUCUAUUUAGUAAAGUAGGUACACUUUUUUAAAGAAAGCUUAUAAUUUAAAAAAAAAUUUAAAAAAUCAUUUUUUGUGGAUUUUUUUAAUAAAAAUCAUUGAUUAUCAAUUUUUUUAAUAAAUCAUGAUUUUUUUCUGUUAUAAUAAUAAUAUUAUAUGAUUAACGACGGAAAUCACUUUUUUCUUGAUAAAAGUUGACUUUUGUAUUAGGUACCCUUUGAAGAAAAUGAAAAAAAUGCAAGUCAAUUUUUCCGGAAAUUUUAAAACCCCAAACAUGAUCAGUUUAAUAAAAAAUGUAUAUUUUUAAUUCAAAAAAUAUUAUUAUUUUGAAAUCUAAAUAGUACACUGGUUUUUAUGACAAAGUUGAAACCCUAAUAAUUUUUUUAAAUUUUUAUUAAUUCCACUUUUUUCAAUAAAAAAUAUUAAUUUGCAUUCUUAUAGAUUGAUUUUGUACUUUUUUAGAUGUUUUUAAAUAAAUAAAUUUAUGAAAUCAAACAUUUUUCAAUCAUAAUCAAAACCUAUUCCUUUGGCUAAAUCUAAAGAAAAAUAAACUAACAUUAAAAAAAUACUUUUUAAUAAAAUCUUCAGUAGGUAUAACUUAAUUCAUUUAAAAUUCUUAUCCACAUUAAUUAUAUAAAAUUCUAGUAAAAAUUAUAUUGCUUAUAAUAUACAUACAUUUGAUUUAAUUUAAUACAAUUUUCUAUAAGGUUUAAAAAUAAAUUUAAAAUUGCUACCACAGUUCACUGGCAGAGGUUUUAUUAAUAAAACAAUCCUUAAAACCUUUAACAACACAUUUUGAUUGGCAAUAAACCACAAUUUUUUCAUUAUUUUCACUUUCCACUAAUUCAUGACGACUUUGAGAAUCAUCACCUUCUUGAAAUACCAUUAAGUUACUGCAACAAUCUUUCCUGUCAAUGUCUUUAUUAAAAUUCAAUUUGAUAUUAAUUUGUUUAACCUUGUCGGAAAAGUUUGUAGUUCUACUGGGUGUAAAACAUGUAUCUAUUUUACUUGUACUUUCACAUGUCUCCUUUUUGAUGUACACAAAAGUAUUACUGCAGGGUGCUGAACCAUCCACCGAAUCCAUCCACGCUUGCGAUAAAAAAAUACUCCGCAAUAUUUUCGGUUGUAUUUGACUUAUUUUAUUCACAUGGUUUCUCUCUAUAUGCCCCUUAGCGAGAUCCGAUACCUGUAUUGUAAAAACCUCCUUAGGACACAACGGAUUUGUCCCGAACACUAUAAUAACCUCCUUAACAUCACUACUACUACUAAACUCAUCCCUAAUACCGCUCAUUAUCUCCUCCAAUGCAUCGAAAGCAGUCGAGACAACUUUGAAGUGAUUUUCUAUGGAGAAAUUCCUGUUCGCGCUUUGCGCGUCAUUAAUGUUGUUGCGUUUCCGAUUCACCACCGUCUUCAUCCAGGUGUACGGGUAAGGAAUUUGGCUUUUCUGGUACAAAAGCCCUUUCAAAAUUUCGUUCACCAACGAUGCACAGGCGAGCGGCGUCAAAAUCUCCUCGGAUAUGUCCACGUUUAUCACCAUGUUUUCUUUGGGAAUGCCUUUGUCAGUCUUUAAGUCAGUCUUCAUGGUUUAAUUCAAUAAUAUGUAUAAACUACUAAAAAAUAUCUGUAAAAGUUCGAGAUAACCUAUUUUGAGUUGACAGAUUGUCGACGGCAGUUUUGCCAAUCACGGGAGAAAAC